AUGAAUAAACCAUGUGGACAACGCCAGCGAAGCAAUGGGAGCCCAUCUGUGCUUUGUAUUCGCCCAAAUGAACAGGCCUCUGUCGUACAUGCAACGCCGACUGAAUACGGCCCUAGUGAAGAGCUGCGACGAGUUGACUCCUCGGCUCAGCCCAAUACGUUUGGUGUUGAUUUGUCAGCUGAGUGGAAAUUGUCCCUUUAA